GAGGCGUCUUUGCUUCUCGAUCGCUUGGGUAGCCGUCGGCAAUCUGGUCGAUGGUCUUGUGGGGGUUAAGAAGGAAAGGGAGUCUUCCCCUCUCCUCCCCCCCCCACCAGUUCCCAUUGACUUGCGCCUCCGUUUCCGUUGUGGACUUCCAACCCCGGAGGUCGACGAUCUGGCUGUGCCCUUUUCCUCAACGUUUUCUCGAAAGUCGCUCCGGGCACCGCUCUGCCUUGCAUAUACGCUCCCCCGUGCACUAACCUGACCCUACCGCUCCAGACCCAGAUAUAGCCGUUCAUCCAUGUCUUCCGUCACCCAAAGGAAGAAGACCUCGGGUGGGCCCUCCGAGAAGGAGGCCAAGCCCCAGACAAAGCAGCAGCAGCAGCAGCCUGUUGUCAACGACGAGCCCAAGUCAGACAGCGAGAAGCCCGAAAAGGUCAAGGCCCAGCAGAAGGCCAAGGCAGCCACCGAAUACUACUACCACAUCGGCCUGCUGGUUGUGACGGCCCUUGCCUUUGCCACCCGUGUCUACAGCAUCCAGGAUCCCGCCCAAGUCGUCUUCGACGAAGUGCACUUUGGCAAGUUUGCCAGCCAUUAUCUCCAGCGCACCUACUUUUUCGAUGUCCACCCGCCCCUUGGCAAGAUGCUCCUGGCGGCUACGGGCUACUGGAUCGGCUACGACGGCCACUUCCUCUUUGACAACAUCGGCGACGACUACGCAACCAACAACGUGCCCCACAUUGGCCUCCGCUUAUUCCCUGCUAUCUGCGGCUCCCUGAUCGUCCCCGUGGCCUAUCUGACUCUCAAGGAGAUGGGUCUGACCGUUCUGGGCUGUCUCUUUGGCGCCCUCCUGCUCGUGUUUGACAACUCUCUGAUGACCCAGUCUCGUCUCAUCCUGCUGGACAGCAUGCUCAUGCUCUUUGGCGUGCUCUCGAUUUACACUUGGGUCAAGUUCUACAAGUACCGCUACGAGGAGUUCUCCAUUCGAUGGUGGAUCUGGCUCACCCUCACGGGUGUUUCUCUGGCUCUGACUCUCGGCGUCAAGAUGGUCGGUCUCUUUUCCAUCGGCACCGUCGGAAUUGCUGUCCUCUUUGAUCUGUGGCGCCUACUUGACUACCGACGUGGGGUCUCCCUGAGCCGAUUCAGCCAGCACUUUGCCGCUCGCGCCCUCUGCCUCAUCAUUCUGCCCAUCACCCUCUACCUCUCGUUCUUCUACAUCCACUUUGCCAUCCUGACCCACAGCGGUCCCGGCGAUGCCUUCAUGAGCCACAAAUUCCAGGCCGAACUUAUUGGCAACUCGAUGAACCAAGCCCGCACCAUUCCUCUCGUGUUCAACUCCACCGUCCGCUUCCGCCACCGCAACACCAAUGUUUUCCUCCACUCCCACGCCGAGAACUACCCGCUCCGCUACGAGGAUGAGCGCGUCAGCAGCCAGGGCCAGCAAGUCACAGGCUAUUCGCACGAGGAUGUCAACGACGACUGGAUCAUCGAGCCUAUUGACCCUGCUCUGCUUGAGGGUGCGCAUACGUACCACUGGAAUGGCGAGGAGCUCAGGAAGGGAUACCGCUACGUCAAGAACAGCGACCUCGUCCGCCUCAAGCAUGCCGGCACCAACUCGUAUCUCCUGACCCACGACGUUGCCUCCAGCUUGAUGUCGACGCAUAUGGAGAUGACCACCAUCAGCGACCCGCUCGAGCGCUACGACGAGACGGUCUGGAGAAUCGAGGUCAUCGACGCCGAUGCUGGCAGCUACAAGAUCCGUGCCAAGCGCAACACCAUCCGCAUCGUCAGCCACACCCACAAUGUCGCUGUGCACUCCCACAAGGGCACUCUUCCCGACUGGGGCUUCAGCCAACAGGAGAUCAACGGAAACAAGAACCUCAAAGAAGUUGCCAACAACUGGUACAUCGACUCGGUCAGCCACUCUGCCUUUGUCGACGGCUUCGAACCCGAAGAGGAGACUGUUCAUGAGGCCCCGCCCAAGCUGUCGUUCCUGCAAAAGUUCCUUGAGCUGCAGCAGCUGAUGAUCCAACACAAUGCCGGCCUGACCACGCCGCACCCGUACUCGUCCACCCCGAUCACCUGGCCGUUUGUCCUCCGCGGCAUCUCCUUCUGGGAAACCAAGGAGGGUCUCAAGCAGAUUUACCUGCUCGGCAACCCGCUGAUCUGGUGGCUCGCGAUCGUCUGCACCUUCCUGUACAUGAUGCUCUGGAUCAUUGACCAGAUCCUCCUCCGCCGGGGCAUCGACGACUACGGCGCCCACGUCCGCCGUUGGUGGGGCAACACCGCGGGCUAUCUGCUCCUGGCUUGGCUCCUCCACUACCUGCCCUUCUUCCUGAUGGGUCGCUGCCUGUUCCUGCACCACUACCUCCCCUCAUUCAUCUUCUCGGUCAUGCUCACGGCCGUGAUGUUUGACUUUAUCGGCCGCGUCGUCAGCGAGGAGGCCGCCAACCGAAGAACGGACUACCGAACGCCCAUGUCCAAGUGGAUGAAGAAGCAGGCCGGUGUCAUUUACACCAUCACGACUGUGGUCACGCUCGCGAUCUGCAUUGGCUCGUUCUUCUUCUUUGCUCCGCUCACGUACGGCACAGGCUUCCCUGACCAGGCGACCCUCCGCACUCGCAAGUGGUUCGACAGCUGGGAUCUGCAGCACGCCUAAGAGCGAGAAGUUUGCUUGUGGACGGUAUGAACAAAGAGCCAAGCCGGUUUGCUGCCAAGGCACUGAGCUUUUGUGCUCUGAAGCUAGGCCUCUCUUGGCUGUCUCCCCCCCUAUCUCGCUCUAGUUUCCAUUCAGCCCCUACCUUUCUCUUCUACUUCCACUCUCCCCCCCCCCGAAUCCCGUUGCGAUCUCUGUAAUAAUUGUGUAAUAGAGAAUGCCUUCCGGGGGGCGUGCCCGUGGUAUUUACGGGCGAUCAAAUUAAAAACGGGACACCCGGGUUUUGACCAUUCAUC